GGUUGGUCUUCCCUCUGUGUCUGUGCGUGUGCNAGAGAGAGAGAGAGAGAGAGAGAGAGAGAGAGAGAGAGAGAGAGAGAGAGAGAGGAGAGAAGGAGAGGAGGAGUGGGAGGAAAGGAGGAGAAGGAAGAGGAGCGGAAAUGGAUGCGCCGCCGACAGACCCGACAGACGUAACGCUGGAUAUGGCGGCGGAUGUGUCCGCUUCCGGAGCGACGGAGGCUGCUGGUCCGGACACGACAGCAUCCGCAGCGGCGGCGAUGGAGAUUGAGGCAGACGAGCGGCAAGGGAUGGAAGAAGAUGUCAAUCGCGGCGAGAAGAUGGCCAUGGCAUUGACCAUGGAUGGCACAGAGGAGACAAAGGUGGAAAGGGCGGUGAACAUGGAGGACGAUGGGGAUGACAGGUCGGAAAGGAGCGAGCGCGCGGAUAGGUCGGAUCGGUUUGACAGAAACCGCCGCGGGGACAGGGGGGAGCGCAGCAGCGACCGCGGGGAACGGGCCGAUCGAGGUGAGCGGGGUGAGCGCGGCGAUCGGCGGGAGCGUGGCGAUCGCAGCGACCGCGGUAGUUAUCGCUACGAGCGGGAGAGAGGAGAUAGAGGAGGUGAUUAUCGAGGAGGGGAUCGCGGCGAUCGGUCGGAAAGAGAGGGCCGCGCGGACCGCGCCGACAGGGGUGACAGGGGGGAACGCGAAGAUAGACGGGAUCGCUUCGAGCGGGAAGACAGACGAGACCGUGGAUAUCGCGGCGGCAGCGGAGAUAGGCCGGAGCGCGGCGGCGAUUCCUCUUAUCGCGAUUAUCGCGGAAGCCGGCGGCGCAACGAGCGCGAGGGUGGAGGAGGAGGAGGCGGAGGAGGAGGAGGAGGAGGAGGAGGGUUUGCUCGACGGCAAGGGCCUGAAGAUGGCAAGCGCAUGCGAAGUGAUGACGGUGCCGGCGCUUUCGGCUGCCCACGGUGGAGACUCUACCUGAUACGCCUCGGUGAUAAAUUUGUUGACGGCCAACCUGCUGAAAUGGAGGUGGAAGAUCAACUCGAAGAACUCUCGUCUUUCUUGAGGAGCGAUAUCCCCAGAGCGGGUGAUGAAAUUUUGCAGACGCUGAUGGAAUGCUCCCUGGAGCUUCCCCAAAAAUCUCCAUUCUAUGGUACUUUGAUCGGUCUUCUUAAUGUCGACGAUACCAAUCAGGAGUUCGUUUCAAGGAUAGUCGAGAGGACGUUUAUGGGACUUCAGUCUGCUCUGGACGAUGGGCAGCAGAACAAGUUACGCCUUCUUCUUCGCUUUCUCGUCGUGCUGAUGAACAACUUCGUGGUUCCUGCUGCUACGGUCGUCGAGGUGUUUGAUGUCCUGUUUGCAUCUGCUGCAAGGACCCUGGAUGAGAACGAGGGUAAUCAAGCAUGGCAGCCGCGUGCAGAUUUCUACAUCUAUUGUGUGCUAGCGGCUUUGCCUUGGGGAGCUGCCGAACUUGCCCAGCGCGUCCCAGAUGACCUUCAGCGGGUGAUGGACACAAUCCAAUCUUACAUGGAGUACAGGGUGCGCAUCAACGAAUCAGCACUGCGUGUGUUUGACGAGUCUCUGGAGUCCGACGACCCAAUGGAGGAGAAGGAUUACCUGGAGGAUCUAUGGUGGCGGGUGCAGACGAUGCAAUUGAACGACUGGAAGGUUGCCAGUGUGCCUGCGCCCCACGUGGCAUUUGCAGACCGGCUGUCCUCCACGGGGCAAUCGCAUGCCUUUGCGGAGCAUCUUUUGGCACGCCAGGUCCCCAAGGCGCCCGCCAACAGCACAGCGCUCACAAUCGGCAGAGAAAGGCACAGCGUGUCGGAGGUCUACCCCCCAAGAAUGAUGCGGCUGCACAUCUUUCCUCGUUCAAAGACCGAUGAGGCCAUGCAGCCCAUCGACUCGUUUAUCGUGGAAGAGUACCUUCUUGACGUCCUCUUCUUCUUGAAUGGGUGCCGAAAAGAGUGCGCAUCUUACAUGGUUGGCCUGCCGGUGCCUUUUCGCUACGAGUACUUGAUGGCAGAGGUGGUAUUUUCGCAAAUGCUGUCGUUGCCAAAGCCACCUUUCCGACUCAUUUACUAUACCAUAGUCAUGGUCGAUCUGUGCAAGGCUUUGCCAGGUGCAUUUCCUCCUGUGGUUGCUGGAGCGGUGAGGGCUCUGUUCACGAAGAUUGAUCAAAUGGACGUUGAGUGCCGGAUGAGGCUUGUGCAGUGGCUUGCACACCAUCUGUCCAACUUCCAGUUCAUUUGGCCGUGGGAUGAAUGGAGUCAUGUGUUGGACCUGCCCCCUUGGGCUCCCAAGAGAGUUUUCUGCCGUGAGGUCCUGGAAAGGGAAGUGCGACUCGGGUACUGGGAGAAGAUCAGGGAGAGUUUGCUUGAGCAAGGGAAGACAGAGAGGUUUCUCGACUUGAUGCCGCCUAAGCCUGAACCUAACUAUAAAUACAAGGGUGCAGAGGAUGCCAAGGAGCGGGAAUCAACACAGCCAAUGGAGGACAAUUCUGAGCAGCAGCAUGAUGGGGACAAGACGGAGAUAGACGGAGGAGGAGGAGGCGGAAGAGGAGGAGGGAAAGAAGGGCAAGGUGGCGAAUUGGAGAAGCAGCAGAAGAAGCAAGAGGGACCGAAGCCAGUGGACCCGGUUGAACUGGCAUUAGCUAACGAGAUGGUGGGGCUCAUUCGUGCCAAAAAAUCAGCACGUGAAAUCAUUGUCUGGAAAGACGAGAGAGUUGUUCCUGAGCAUGGGCCCCGGUUAGCCUUGGAGGUGGUCGCUCAGGUGAUGCUCCUGCUUUGCUCAAAGAGUUUCACACACACGAUGACGCAUCUGGAGAGGUACCAGCCUCUUCUCAGCAAUUGUGCCCCCGACUUGCAGAUGCAAAAGGAUCUGGUCGCUAUUGUGGCGGAGUUCUGGAAGUUGUCCGCGCAAAUGACAGCCAUCACGAUUGAUAGAAUGAUGGGGUACAGGAUCGUAUCCAACCUUGCGAUAGUGGAGUGGGUGUUCUCAGAGCGUUGCAUGCUGCAUCUGCAUGUGUCGGAUCACGUGUGGGAGGUGCUAUACAACGCAAUGAACAAAACGAUAAACAAGACAAGUGAUCUUCGAAAAGACAUGGCCUCUGCGGCGAAGGUAGCUGCCGAGGCAACAAGCAUGCUGGAAUCUGCCAGAGCAAAUGAGGCUGCAGCAGCGGCGGAGGCAGAGGCACAGGCACAGGCAGAGGCACAGGCACAGGCACAGGCCUCCUCGGAGACCGACGUUGAUCCGACUAGGGCAAGGGAAGCUAAGGAAGCAAAGGAGAAACUCGAGAGGGCACGGGAGGUAGUAGCAAGGGCCGACGAAAAGGCGGACGCGGCCGUAGAGGCCGUGGAAGUCAAGAGAGCCUUGCUGACCAGGGCGCUCGCUGAGCAGCAGGCACUUUUUGUUGCCGUCUUCAGGAAAUUCUCAAGUCUGUUGACAGAAAGGCUCAGGGCAAUGGAUGAAGGGCGAAUUGUUCCAUUGAACCCCCCCCCCAACAGAGCAGGAGUGGCGUCUCGAAAUUCGGAGGAGGAGGUGAAUGGAAUGGAAGCGGAGGAGAAUGGGAGUAGUGGGGGGAAGAAGGAGGGUGGUGCAGAACUGGAAGAAGAGUCGCAAUCGAAAGCCGCGGCGGAGGUUGCUGAAGAUGAAGAUUUGAUCUCAGAAGAAAUGCAGUGGCAGCAGAGCACAUUGGGGCAACUGUUUGCAAUUGCAAGGCUUUAUGCUGCAGAGAUAUGGCCGUUGAUGGAGAAGCUUGAUGAAGAGGUAUUCACGGAAGCUGUAGAUGACCGUGUUAUAGAGACUGUGUAUAUCGGCCUCCAAAGGCCACUGACUUGAGGAGUGUGUGCCAUAGAGACUCCACAUGUUAUUGACGAUCCAUCGUCAGAGGUUGUGUUAUGAAUGUGGUAGUAGAAACAACAAAGCAUAUGAGGAGGG